AUGGCAAGAAUAUUGCCCAAAUUUGCACCACAUAUCGAGUGUCAUACGGUCAACGACAUUGAAGACCGUAUUAAGUCAAUAUUAACGAAGAAUCAGUUCAAGAUGUUUUGUAAUGAUAAUAUAUUUGACUUUUUCAUGAAGAAAAAGAAUUGUGUGGUGCAAGCGCAAUUAGGGAGAUGCAUUAUGUCACUUGAGACUAAGAAAAGUUCAACAAGUGACAUAGUCAUUCGUGCAAAGGGCAUAACUCUGCAUUUUAGUCUUAGAGAAUUCAUCGUCGUUACUGGUUUGAAUUGUUAUUCAAACAAGGAUGAUUUUUUGUUUGAUGAAGACUUUUCAAAUAAAACUAUUGAUCGAUAUUUUGAUGGUGCCAGAUAUAUUCAGAAAAGAAAAUUAUUUGCCACUGUUACUGAAAAAAUAUGGGGGGAUGAGAAUGACGAAUAUGCGCUGAAGUUUGCUAAUUUAUAUUUUAUUCACGCAUUUUUAUUGUCGUCUGUUGAUACUUUCAUUAUUCCACGCCUUCAUUUUGAUUUGGUGGAGAGUGAUCGUUACAGGGACUAUUCUUGGGUAUCAAUUGCAUAUGAAGAAUUAGCUAAAAGCUUGAAUAAAAAAUUGAAACCAACAGGAAAGUUUUAUAUGCUUCAUGGAAUGCCACUCGCCAUUCAGAUUUGGUUGUAUGAGUGUUGUUCUGAUGUCCCUCGUACUAUUGCUUUCAAGGUUAUUUUUAAGAACAUUGAGCCAACGCGAAAGGAGAUUUCAACAUUUCGAAUACCUAAGAAGGUUGUACCUAGAGGUGGAAGUCAUAAAGAAGAUUAUGUUGAUUCUGAUGAUGAUUUUCAGGAUCCUCCAAUUAAACACAAGCUUUUAAUCAGCAAAAAUAAGUAUCAGGGUGAUUCUUCAAAUUCACCUGCCAAGAAAAAGUUGAAGAAACAACCAAAAGGUGUAGAUCAGCAUACACCAAAAAGGAUUCCCCCAAUUCGUGUUGUGAAGAUGUCUUCUGUGAAGACACCUAUUUUCACGGCGAUUCAAUCAAAAGAAACAGUACCUUCAAACAGGAAAGACAUUCCUAGUCAGUCGCCUGAUAUGACUUUUUUCAAUCGUAAAGACGAAGAUGCUUUUGUUCGACAAGAGUUUAAUGACAUUUGGAAUUUAGUAUCAACAAGGUCUGAUCAGAUAAUGAAUGCAAUAAAUAAGAUUAAGAAACAAGAAAAAGACAAAGAUUGUGACAAGGCUCAAAUGGAGGAAGGUGAUAAGAAUACAUCACCACAUCAAUCUACUCCAACUAUUGUGGAUAUUUUUUAUGACAAUUCUGAAGGCAUAUUGGAUAAAGAUAAUGAAUUUGUCAAGCCACAAUUGAAUGAAGCUGAUAAGGAUACUUCACCCCAUUUAGCCACCCCAAUUUUACAUCAUCAUCUUGAUAAGAAUUCUGAAGGUCUAUUGGCAAAAAUUGAUACUUGUGUGCAUGAAGCAAGGGAUGUCUGUGAUUCACCUAACAAAAAACUUGUUGAUGAAAGUGUUGGUGAAGCACAAUUAUUAAAUUCACAAUUCACAUUUUCAGAUGAGAUGCUCAGAAAAGCUGCUGCAGAAAUAAUUGAAAAUACAUCUAUGGCUGCUUGUGAAAAAAUAAAAUUGGAUGAACAAAUUAAUUCAGAAGUGCACACUCAUGAAGCAGUAUCUGAAGAAGGAAAGGCUCAACCAGACUUACGUGAUUUCCAAGUAAUAAUUUCUGAUGAGUUGCUACCCAGUUUUAAUAAAUAUGUGAAUUUGAAAAGAAGCAUAAUUAUACAUCCAUCUGCAAAUAAAGAACAAACUCCUGUGAAUGUUCCAAAAAUUAAGAGACCAUCUAAAUUCAAGGAGUCACCAUUCACUAUGAAAUUUGGUUCAGCAGAAGCUGUGUAUUCAAUUGAUGAUCCAACGCUUAAUGCUGAUGGAAAGAAAUAUCAUUUGAAUGAGUACAUAAGUGGAUUUCGCAUGCAUGUUGCCAUGUCAUGGCAUACAGUUGAUCAUAUAUUUAUUCCUAUCAACAUAAAGUCCAAAUAUCACUGGGUUUUGGCUGUACUUUCUUUCAACAAUAGAUGCAUAUACGUAUAUGAUUCAAUGUCAUCUGCUGGACAUGAUUCUGUUGUGCUUGCUGAAGUUGAGAAGUUAGCUGAGGUUAUACCUUUAUGA